GGACAGUGUCAGUGUGGGAUAAGUUCAUUCACUGGGCAGACAGCGACUAUGGCGGCUAGGAUAGGAGGCAGUGUUCUGGUGACAGGGUCUAACCGCGGAAUCGGUCUAGAGGUAGUUCGUCAGCUGGCAGAGUCCACCAGUCCUCCAGCCCAGAUCUUUGCCGGGUGUCGAGAUCUGUAUGGAGCUCAGGUAGUUCACAGCCUCUAAGGCCAGUUUACAGAGAGUAGCAGAGCAACAGAGAGCUACAAAGCCUAAUGCAUGGCACAUAGAGUAUGUAGAGGUUGGCAACAAUAGAAAACUGAACAUGGUUUCUGUUUUAUGUAGCAAGAUAUUUGAGUUAAAUAUGAUUAAUACGUAGAUUCUCUCAUUAUUAAGUACUGUACAUUUGUUAUAAUUCUCAGUUAUAUGUUGUGUAUUUGUAUUAGAAAGAUUCAUUAGCACGUGACUUUGUAUAUCCACUUAAUUCUCUCUGGAAAUUGCCGGAGUGAAUCAGGAUCCUAGAAUUUAACCUGCCCUGACCCAACACAUUUGCUCCUGCUUCAAGGCACUGAAGGAGCUGGCACAGCGGCAUCCCCAACUGGUCACUAUUGUGAGAUUGGGUAAGGGUUUCUGCUACAAUGUAGUUUGCAUAUUGUGACAAAUACACAGAGAUAACACAAGAGAUAACUUUCUGCAAAAAAUGUAUUUCUUACAGGGUGACAACAAGAGCUGAGUGAGAUAUAGUUCCUUCCUAAACCUCUAAAUUUCAAAAAUGUUGUGUUGACAGAUGUUGCAGACCCAUUCAGUAUAUCCGAGGCCUCCAGGGUGGUUGGUGAUAAACUGAUUGACGGCAGCCUGAAUUUAAUCAUUAACAACGCUGCCAUUAAUGUCCCUGUCGUGAACGACGGGAAUAACCACCCUGGCACACUGGCAGUGACGGGCAAGAAGGAGAUGGUGGAUUUGUUUGUCACCAACGCAGUGGGACCCAUGCUCAUUGCUAAGGUCGAUACAUGCGCUAUUACAUGAAGUACUUCAGAAGACUAGGCUUUUGUCUUACUGUUUCAUUGUUUACAUUCUCCCUUCUCAGGAAUUUUGUUAUGGUGUACUUUGAGUUAUCUGCUCUCUAUAAAUCUCUCAAUAAAUACAUGCUACAAAAAAAGAGGAUAAAUUCCUAAAGGGCAAAGGUGUAUGAAAAAGUUACCAGAUCUUUGAUGUAUUGACACUAAGAUUAAGAAAAUGACUUCUUUAUGUGUCCUUUCUUGCAGGAGUUCAGGUCAUACCUGCAGAAGGCAGCUGACCAAUCAGGUCCUGCGACAACAGGGAUGUCCUGUAGCAGGGCAGCCAUCAUCAACAUCUCCACUCUGCUGUCCUCAGUUGAGAAGUGUCCUGAGACAUUCUCCAUGGCCCCUAUGUAUCCUUACAGAGCCAGCAAGGUAUGCCACCAUCAGUAGGCCUACGUCUAAUAUGAUUCUUAAUACUCUUCUGGCUGAUAGUGGAACAGUUUCUAUUGAUUCCAUGCUGAAUAACGAAGAUGUGGAUAACAUGAGUUCUGUUGUCCUAUUCUCCACUAGGCAGCGCUGAACAUGCUGACACGCUGCCUGGCAGAGGACUUCAAGAGGGAUGGGAUUCUGGUCAUGGCCAUCCACCCUGGCUGGGUGAAAACUGACAUGGGAGGCCCACAUGUGAGUAACAGGAUACGUGAUUUUUGCAUGUAUCUGUAAAUUAAAAAGAUUAAGCUUAAAAGUCCACAAUGCCAUUUUGCAUAAUGCACUGCACAUUACUCUGAAGUAGCAAAACUCAUAUGAUAAUUAUAUAUUUGUUUAUAAGCGUAGAACAAGGUAGGACUAGAGUCAUAGCAGACUGGCACAGAUCUAUAACUGUUUGUCUGUGUUUCUGUUCGACAGGCACCGGUGAAGACUGAGGACAGUGCCAAAGGCAUGCUGCAUGUGAUGUCAACCCUCACAGAGAAGCACAAUGGCAGCCUUCUGGACUGGGAAGGGAAUGGUAUCCCAUGGUGAUGUUCCAGGCCAAUGGUCCAGUCUCUGGGACCAAUAGACUUAGACUUCUGAGUUCUUUGAAUAAAUCUCUUAGUAUGACUGAAUAAUGUUUUGUCUUCUUAAAGGGGAGUCUGUAGUCUGUAAUCUCAUUUUUCAUUCUGAUUCAAUUGCUGGGCAUUUCUUAACUCAAUAAACUGACAGCUAGACUCUCA